UCAUAUGCAAUUGCGACCUUCAGGGAGGAAGGAAACUUGAAAGAGAGACAGAAAAAAAAACAUGGGUUCGACCUACCUAAAUUGCCUUUGCCUUAGGUAAUUAACACCUUUAACGAUGCACAACACGACUUUCAUCCCUCAUACAUCUUCAACUCAACCACCCUCCUCCACUAACACGCGCUCCUCGGAUUCGAAUUAUCACUCCGUAACUAAGACGGGGUUAAAACGACGGCCAUCUUCGGAUUCUUUAGUAUCAAUUGGACGUAAGCCCCCUAGGACUGUUGGGGGCACGGGCACCGGUACGCGGACAGGGACGAGAACAAUAAUAUCCACCUCCACCACAGCCACUACUAUUGCCAAGACCUCCAUAACAGCAGCAGCAGCAGCCGCCUCGUCGUCCGCGUCCUCGUCCUCCAGAGGCCCCCUAAGGAGACGGAACCAAAAUGCAGCGCCUGUUACAAUUCCCCUGUUAAAGGAGCCAGGAACAGGAAACAUGCCCUUCGACACAUCCUCACCUCCGCUUGCCAGCCCAAAUCCAAAUUCGAGCCGAUCGCAAAUGCCUUCACUUAGCGCCUCUGCUGCAAGGGUCGUAAAUAGGAACCCCCUAACCCCUAAGAUCGCAUCAAAGACAGGAACCCAGUCUCCCGCUCUAUCCGCCGCAGUAACCCCAACGGGUCGGCGUCAACAUCCUCCCAGCGCGAUCAAUACCAGCCGAGAAGCACCAUCUAAUCGUUCAAGUUACUUCGACGACUCAUCCUUUCCAUCUCACCUUAGCACCAACGUCACUCCUCGCUCUGGUUCGAGGCAAACCCGUGUCGAAAGCGCUGGUAACACGCCGAAUGGCACACCCAAUCCAGAAAGGUUAGAUGCCUGGGAUCACAGGUCUAGCUUCGGCCUGCCGAGCCCGAGGAUAGAGGGGGAUGCUAUGAGAAGGUCGGGGGCCUCCUUUGGCUCCGUAUCUCCAGACACGAACGGUUAUGGGAGACAAGAAGUUGCCCGUAAUUUAGAAUCCAAGUUCUUUCACGCCAGCGAUGUCAAGCCUCCUCGCCCAACGUCUUCUUCUAAACCGGUCCAAGCGAAAGGUCCGACUUUUUUCUAUGCCAAUGGAAAUACAAUAGAGAACAAGCCCUCUCACCCGGUGCCCUUUGCACCAGUCCUCGGCCACUCCCAGGAUAGUCUAUCCGGCAAAUUUGUGUACGCCAAUGGGACCCCGGAGGCGCGGUCCAGUCCCACACCUCCUGUAUCCCGUAGUUCGGGUUCGACAGUGUCAACGGCUCCCAGACCACCUUCCAGCCGCCCGGCAACAAACCCCCCGGCUAACAGCCAUACUCACGCGCAGAGGCCUGCUUCCCCGGCGAAGCUCCCGUCCCAGGGCUCGCAAGCUUCGUCUAGGACCGCCAACAUCCCAUCAUCAGGACGUCCACAGGCAUUAUCCGCUCCUCAGCUAGCGCCAUCCCCCGGACUCCGCCGGUCCAGCACCGGUACAUCAAGACCCGGUGGCCAUUCCCGUGCGGGAAGCUUAGUAAAGUUAGACCAUGGUUCCAGUACCCCAAAGCCAACGAGUUCCCGUGUAUCACCCGAAACCUCUCCUCCUAUAACCGUACCUCCUACGCCGGCCCCUUUGACACUCGCUUCCAUAAUUCAAGCAGCUGAGGAGUUUGCCGAGAACGAAGAGUGUGCAUCCCCAGAAGAAGCUCCAUCGGGCCUGCAAAGUCCCACCAAUCCAGCCAAUCCCACAGAACCGGUGAACGAAUCUGUAGCGAACGCUAGACGUGAACGUAAAGUUCAAGACCUACAGAUCACAAACGCAUCUCUCGAAGCCAUUAACCGAACUCUUGAGCGUCGGUUGCGGAAACAAACUUCAGAGUUGCGAAGGUAUCAGCGCCUUUCCCGCGCAGGUCGACUUUCUACUGCAUCCACCGCAGUUUCUAGUCAAGUAUCAUUGGAAGAUACCUCAGAACAAGGAAUAGGGAUAAUAGACCUUUCCGACCUUGACGAGAAGUCUGAAGCGGAAGAAGAGCAAGAGGAAGAGAGAGAGAUAGAAGAGGAGUUAUCCGACAGUGAUUCACUGAACGAAUCACUGGAUCCAAGUGUCGUCGCAGAACGGGAUGCAAAGCACCGAAAACGAGAUGAGGAACGGCUGCAGCUCGACUUAUCAAAUCAUCAGCAAUUGCUUGUUGAUUCUCAGAAGAUCAACCAAAGCAUUAGAAGAUGUCUUGACUGGACUGAGGUGCUCAUCAAUGAAGGGAAGAAGGCACUCGAAUAUCGUGUUCCGAUCACCGGCGUAGAGUUAGGUGGACGAGUAUUAGCUCCAGACGAAGAGGAGGAUCGACCUUCAACCGCGAACAGUAUAUCUGAUAAUACGAUUGAAUUCGAUGAAAAAUUCCUAGACGACCCUAUUAGUUUGGCAAGCUGGGGCGGUUCGGAACGACAGGAUAGGGACAGCGGAAUAGAACUCCAAGUCGACGGAGGAUAAGAGUUAGAAAUUAUUAUACCCCCCAGCUACAGCACAUCAGUACUGGUACGAGAUUCCUUCUAUUUUGGAUACGAUUCUUCACAGCAUAUAACCCAACCAACUGCGGCGCCCCAGAGCUACAUUUUUGUACCGGGCGACUUAUAUUCAAUUGUCUUUC